AGGUUCUUUUGUGAAGCGGUAUUUUAAAAUGCACGAUUGAAAGGUUGGAAGCAGGACACACAGAUAGUUCACUUUGGUCAAAGAUGGUUUGGUGCUUAUCAGACCAGCUUUCUUGUCAAGAGUAAUAGGCAUGCGCUGCGGUUUCCACUAAAAAAAAAACAAAAAAAAACCUUGGAAGCACGCGUUGAAGGAUUGGGGAAUCCCCUGCUCUGUACCAGAGAUUUUGAUAGGAAGGUUGUCUGUACGACUAUGACAAGAUCAAAGAAGUGAAUCCAGUUUGACAAGGAUAAGACCUGAUAUGGCAUGAAUCAUGGCUCUGGUUUGCACAGCUCCAGCGAUGGGUGAGGUUGUGGAUAGGCGAUGUUAACAGAAUCCUCCUUUACGCGAAGCUGAAGAAAGGGAGCAAUGAAGUUUUCAAGAAUAUUAAGAUUGGUGGUGUGGUCCUUGGUCAUCCUUUCUAACACAGCUGGAAUUCCCAAAUGCACCGUAAAAACGGAUAAUAUCCGGCUGGGAGAAAACAUCACCAUUAACCUUCCAGGAUCUACAUUUAGUCAGUGCAAAGCAAAUGGUGCCAGAGUGAUGCAGUGUGAAAAUCGCAUUUUUUUUGGUGAAGAUCGGUGGACGGACCACAUCAGGGGGAGCUGUGACCAGAUUCAAUUCUUAAACAUCACUGACGAUUUUUAUAAACAGAUAAUUUGUGAAGACCUCCAUGAUCAUAACAUUUGCGUAGAUAUACGCUUAAAGAAGCCCCUGCCUACAACAAUGCCACCAAACCUGAUACGUGGUGCCACCAAACUUGACUCAACCAAAGAGCCAUCAACACCACCAACCCCUACCACUACCGUGCAUCCAACAACAACAAUCGGCCCAAAUAAAGGUUCAGGAGAUUCAUCUGGUGUCCAGCUCUCUACAAUUGCUUGGAUUGUGGUUGGCCUUUUUGUAGGUGGGCUUAUUGUGGGUGUGCUUGUUGUGGGUCUACUGCACAGCCUGGGAAAACUGACUUUGCCGUGCUGUGCCCAGAAGGGGGCAGCCACAACUAACGGCACAGCUGGAACGAACCCCCAAGAAGUGCCCCUGAACAGCCUUAAUGGUAGAGCACAUGCAGAAUCAGAAUAACUGGAGUCCCCCUGACAAACGCCCCCCUGACAAACGCCAAGACCUUUACCCCAGCCUAGGUGAUUUAGAGGAACAGAACACCCUUUUUUGAUUUUCACAUAUUUGCAGUAUUUCCAAGCAUUAUUCAUGAAUGUACGAAUUAUUUUCGCCUAUGUGUUUGCAUUGCCUUGUUUUACAGUAUAGCCAAAUUAAGCAUAGCAAUGCAAGUCUAUCGUACAAAAUAAAACAUCAUCAAAAGUACUUAUAAACCACUUUAAAAAUGAAUAUGAAAUUCACCAGAGUGUGUAACGGCAAUUUCAUUUCCUCCAGGGAUCACUUGUGACUUGUGACUUGUGUUCCAGUGUUUAUGCUAAGCUAUGCUAAUAUUUCUGACCCAAUAAAUCUAAGUACUGAAAAUAUAGCCUGGGCGAAAAGCCGACUGUUGACUCAGUCAAUCAGUCUGGCAAAAGCCAUGAGGAAUCCGUCUCCGGAGGGUGGUAGAUGGUCUGGUCUGAUCUUACUCUAUCAUUUACAUUAAUUGGAGUUCCAAACUCAAAUUAAAACCCAUAUUGUGCUUUAUUAGCAUGCCUCUUACGAUAUAGCGUUGCAAAAAGCAUACAAAUAACAAAACAAAAGUGUGAAUAUAGUUACCUUAACCAAUCAGUAACGGAGCUCGCGGGUGAGUUCUGCGUCACAACUCUCAACUGUUUGCUGAUUGGCUAAACACUGAGAGAACCGAGCUCGAGGCUUUUGCCAGACGAUGUGCAGAGCCAAAAUCUUUGGGUGGAGCACAUAGGAUGGCGUCGCGAGGCUACUGAA